AUGUGGUAUGAUGAAGAUUCAGAUGACGAUGAACAAAAAAAUAUAGGUCCAAUGAAUGGAAAAAUAACAGAAAAAAAUCCAAAUUAUGAAAAAAAAGACAAAUGUAAAUGUACUAAAGGAUGUUCAAAACGUUCUUGUUCUUGUUUUAAAUAUGGUAGUGGAUGUAAUUCAUCAUGUGGAUGUGGUUCAUCUUGUCAAAACAUGUUUAAUCAUCUUGAAUAUUUUUUCGGUGAAAAUCAAAAAUGUACUGCCAAUCCUUGUUUUUCAAAAUGGCUCGUUAAAAAUGUUAAAAAUUCAGAUGAAUUUCAAAUGAUCGAUCGUAAUAAAUUACGCCGACGUAUCAUGAAAUGUCCUAGCUAUUCAAACGUAUUGGAUGAUGAAGAUUUCGAAGAAUGGACAGAAAAAUGGAAUACAAUUGAUAAAAAUGAAAAAUUAUCUCAUACACAAGAAUUAUUUCGAAUGCUUCUAUCAAAUGAUACGACAAUGUAUUAUUAUUCAUUUUGUGAAAAUGAUGUUUUUGAAGAAGAUUGUAAUUGGCAUUGUAUAAUAUGUCAAAAAUGUAUGGAUUGGCGAGAAUGGCAUUGUGAUAAAUGUAAUAAAUGUACUUAUGGUGUCAGCUUACCAUGUGAACGAUGUGGAGGAAAAAGUGAAGUCUCUGGCUUCUUUUAG